CGCGCGCGCACGCACAGGGUACUGGGACGCCGUUUCUCCCCGCGGAGUCUUCCAGUUUCCCGGCGUGCCUCGGGCCCGCCAAAUGGGCGGGGGAGACGCAAGAUGGCGGCAGCCACGAAUUCCGGCUCCAGCCUCCCACUGUUCGACUGCCCUACUUGGGCAGGUAAACCCCCACCUGGAUUACAUCUGGAUGUAGUCAAAGGAGACAAACUAAUUGAGAAACUGAUUAUUGAUGAGAAGAAAUAUUACUUAUUUGGGAGAAACCCUGAUCUGUGUGACUUUACCAUUGACCACCAGUCUUGCUCUCGGGUCCACGCUGCCUUGGUCUACCACAAGCAUCUGAAGAGAGUUUUUCUAAUAGAUCUCAAUAGCACACACGGCACUUUCUUGGGUCACAUUCGGUUGGAACCUCACAAGCCUCAGCAAAUUCCCAUCGAUUCCACAGUCUCAUUUGGCGCAUCCACAAGGGCAUACACUCUACGUGAGAAGCCUCAGACAUUGCCAUCGGCUGUGAAAGGAGAUGAGAAGAUGGGUGGAGAGGAUGAUGAACUCAAGGGCUUACUGGGGCUUCCAGAGGAGGAAACCGAACUUGAUAACCUGACAGAGUUCAACACUGCCCACAACAAGCGGAUUUCCACCCUCACCAUUGAGGAGGGGAAUCUGGAUAUUCAGAGACCAAAGAGGAAGAGGAAGAAUUCACGGGUGACUUUCAGUGAGGAUGAUGAGAUCAUCAACCCAGAGGACGUGGAUCCCUCAGUUGGACGUUUCCGGAACAUGGUACAGACUGCAGUGGUCCCAGUAAAGAAGAAGCGGAUGGAAGGCCCUGGCUCCCUGGGCCUGGAGGAAUUGGGAAGCAGGCGGAUGCAGAACUUUGCCUUCAGUGGGGGACUCUACGGGGGCCUGCCACCCACACACAACGAGGCCGGCUCCCAGCCCCAUGGCAUCCAUGGGACAGCACUCAUUGGCGGUUUGCCCAUGCCCUACCCGAACCUCGCCCCCGAUGUGGACUUGACUCCUGUUGUGCCAUCAGCAGUGAACAUGAAUCCUACACCAAACCCUACAGUCUACAUCCCCGAAGCUGUAAACGAACCCAAGAAGAAGAAAUACGCAAAAGAAGCGUGGCCGGGCAAGAAGCCGACGCCCUCCUUACUAAUCUGAUAUUUUUGUCGUGGAAAGGGGUGGGUGGGCGGGGAUUGGGUGGAAGGGUGAUGCGGGAGCUGAUGAACUUGGGAGAAAUUUUUCCAUGUGUGCAGUAUCGUCUUUCAGAACGUCUCCUGGGUCCCAAACAUCUAAUACCAAAACGGGGUGGGGUUGGAAUAUCCCGACAAGACUGCUUCAGGACACUUCCAGUGUAGAACUAUGCGUCAUUUUAAGUUGGUGCCCUGGAGCCUCCCAGGUCUCCGUGGCCUCCUUUUUCUUUCUUCCUCCUCUCCAGGGUUAUUUUUCUUUUAAGUCAUGUACUCUAUGGAGAGACUCAAGGCCCAAAGAGUCGGAUUUAGAACUGGAGAGGUGACCGUGGCAUCACCAGCCUUAGGGUCCAACAGCCUAAUUUAUAUUUACUCUCCCUGUGGGUUCCACACAGCAGAGGGCUGCCAUGGACCUGAGCCUGAUAAAAAGGGUUAAAAUCCUUCAGUGAAGCUAAAGUUCAAAAAUGUUUUUGCUGGGCCAGUGGUUUUGAGGUCCAGUAGUUUGGCUUUUCUCUUUUGUCCUUUCAGCUGGAAUGAGAAUAUUUUGAUUGAUCGUGGUCUGUGACCAGUGAACGCCAUAGACACAGGUUGAUAGUUUUAAACUUAUUACUUUGUUUGAAAUUUACCUGUUUUUCUUUUCAAACCUGAGUACUCUGUACUCGCUGAAGUUUCUCAUUUGAUUCCAGAGUACUGUACUCUCCAAGGCUUUCCUUUUCAGGUGUGUUAUGAAGGCAAUUUUUAAAGCAUUUGACCAGUUAGAACAACCCCAAUUAGGAAAAGAUUCUACUUUCAAUAACCGGUGCCUCAGAGAAGACAUUUUAGAUGUUGGUUUGGAGGCGCUUCCCCCCUUUGGGAGCUCUUGUUACCCGAGCUCUACGAUGAGGCUGGGCUAAUGGCCAUAGGAGACGAAGGUAGGAAACAUCGAUAAGAGCUUUGUAUAGAGAUUUGUACAUUUGUGUAAUAGGCCUUUUCACGCUUUAUGUGUAGCUUUUUACCUGUAACCUUUAUUACAUUGUAAAUUAAACGUAACUUUUGGCA